CAAUUAAAUGAAACAGAAAAAGGGGGUUCUGAUCUAGAAGGCAGCCGGACCAAUUGUAAGAAUUUCAACGCUUUGUCUCUUCUUUCACACUUCGUCGACACCCGCAUCAACAAAACAUUUGCAUCGAACAAUCAGAAAUUUCGCCAACAAAGCAUAAUCCAAAUCCAAAAUCCAAAACCUCCAUUCGAUUCUUCAGUUCAGCCAUGGAUUCUUCUGUGAAAUCGUUCCUGCUUGAUGUUAGAGCUUCCGCGAAUUCAUUCUUGUCCGAAUACGAGCCUCUGGUUCUGGUUUCUGCUCCUCUUAUCGCACUCUUCGUUGCUUCCAUGCUUCAAUCGGCUCUCCAAGUCCUGCACGAGAACGGACUCAAAGCCACUCUGCUAGGGUUCUUCAUGAGCUUCGUCAAGUUGGUUCCUGGCGUGAAGAGUUACAUCGACGCUGAGAAACAAAAGGUUGUGGAUAAGUUACAGUCUGGUGGUAAAUCUGUAAGAGAAAGUUGGAGAACUGAAUUGCCUAGCACAGGGUUGGGAGUGGGAGUCAUAGAGCAAAUGAAAGAUGAGAAAAGAAAAGAUGUGGCUUGGCAAGGGAAAUGCUCUGGUGCAGUCUACAUUGGAGGAAGUGAGUGUGAAGGACAUUUUUCUUUAAUUAAUGAGGCAUGCUCAAUGUUUGCGCAUACCAAUCCAUUGCAUAUGGAUGUAUUCCAGAGUGUGGUACGGUUUGAAGCAGAAGUGGUUGCAAUGACUGCUGCAAUGCUUGGAAGUAAAAAGAAGUCUUCUGGAGGACAAAUAUGUGGAAACAUGACAUCAGGAGGAACUGAAAGUAUAUUAUUAGCUGUGAAAUCAUCACGAGAUUAUAUGAAAACCACGAAGGGGAUUAAAAAGCCUGAAAUGAUAAUACCUGAAUCUGCUCACUCAGCAUACGACAAGGCUGCACAAUAUUUUAACAUCAAGCUCUGGCGUGUCCCUGUAAAUAAAGAAUUUCAAGCAGACGUCAAAGCAAUUAGAAGAUACAUUAAUAGAAACACCGUUUUGAUUGUUGGAUCUGCACCUGGUUUCCCUCAUGGCAUUGUUGAUCCGAUUAAGGAGCUUGGUCAAUUGGCUUCAAGCUUCGACAUUUGUCUCCAUGUUGACCUUUGUCUUGGCGGCUUCGUAUUACCUUUUGCUAAUAAGCUUGGGUAUCCAAUUCCACCCUUUGAUUUUUCAGUGAAAGGAGUGACAUCAAUAUCAGCGGAUGUGCAUAAAUAUGGGUUGGCUCCUAAAGGAACAAGUGUAGUUCUGUACAGAAACCAUGACCUCAGAAAGCAUCAAUUUGUUGCCGUUACUGAGUGGUCAGGAGGGCUAUAUGUGUCUCCAACCAUUGCCGGAAGCAGACCUGGUAGUUUAAUUGCUGGGGCUUGGGCAUCUAUGAUAUCUUUGGGGGAGGAAGGGUACUUGGAAAACACAAAAAAGAUCAUGGAAGUAUCAAAAAGACUUCAGAAAGGGAUAGAGGAAAUUCCCGAGUUGUUUGUCAUUGGAAGGCCAGACAUGACAGUUGUGGCAUUGGGAUCUAAUGUUGUUGACAUAUUUGAAGUAAAUGAUAUCAUGUCAUCUAAAGGCUGGCAUUUGAAUGCAUUGCAAAGACCCAACAGCAUUCAUAUCUGCGUGACGCUUCAACAUGUACCAAUUAUUGAUGACUUUCUCAGGGAUCUAACGGAAUCUGUGAAAACUGUUAAAGAAAAUCCGGGUCCUAUAAGCGGAGGGCUCGCUCCCAUUUAUGGUGCUGCGGGGAGGAUGCCAGAUAGAGGUACGGUUCAGGAGCUGUUGGUAAAUUACAUGGACGGUACAUGCUAGUGGUGCUCUCCAAAUUUUUUGGUCAAGUUGUAAGAAAAAUGUUGUUUUUGAAAAGACCACAAGUCAAAAGAAAAAUGAAAAUCCAUUCGUUGAUUUUCUCCAAUAUUACUUGAUGUUCUUGCCUUGGGUUUGAUUUAAGGAUACAUUGUCUAAAUCCACGAUAUAUACGUGUAUUUUGUGAUCAUUUGCUGCUCAUUCACAACUUUUUAUUUUAUAAUUCAAUCAACUGCCCCUUGCGGAGCCUCCA